AUUUGAACAUGGAGUUCAACCCAUCAGAUCACCCACGGGCCAGCACAAUAUUCCUCAGUAAAUCUCAAACAGAUGUGAGAGAAAAACGCAAGAGUCUCUAUAUAAACCACCACCCUCCUGGGCAACUAAAAAGGAAGUACAGUUCUUGCUCCACUAUUUUCCUGGAUGACAGCACGGUCAGUCAACCAAACCUCAAGUAUACAAUUAAAUGUGUAGCUCUUGCAAUAUAUUACCACAUCAAAAACAGGGACACAGAUGGAAGAAUGCUCUUAGAUAUUUUUGAUGAAAACCUCCACCCCCUUUCGAAAUCCGAAGUGCCACCAGAUUAUGACAAACACGACCCAGAGCAGAAACAGAUUUACCGCUUUGUUCGGACGUUGUUCAGUGCUGCUCAACUGACCGCUGAAUGUGCCAUUGUCACCCUGGUAUAUCUUGAAAGACUUUUAACAUACGCAGAAAUAGAUAUUUGUCCAGCAAACUGGAAGCGAAUUGUACUGGGUGCAAUUCUACUGGCAUCCAAAGUUUGGGACGACCAGGCAGUGUGGAAUGUGGAUUACUGCCAGAUCCUGAAAGAUAUCACAGUUGAGGACAUGAAUGAACUGGAGCGCCAGUUCCUCGAGUUGUUACAGUUCAACAUUAAUGUUCCUUCCAGUGUUUAUGCCAAGUAUUAUUUUGAUUUACGUUUCCUGGCAGAAGCAAAUAACUUGAGCUUUCCUUUGGAACCUCUCAGCAGGGAAAGGGCAUACAAACUUGAGGCUAUUUCCUGCUUGUGUGAAGAUAAAUAUAAGGACUUCAGGAAAUCUGCCAAGAAACGGUCAGUCAGUGCUGACAAUCUGACUGUGGUUAGAUGGUCCCCUGCGAUCAUCUCCUAACAGCGGAGCCAGGAUAUUCCUACAGAAGUACUGUUUCUUCCAUCCAGUUUUGUGGGGGGGUGGGUUAGGGAAAAAACAAGACUUUUGAUUUUUUUUAUUUUUAGAUCUGUCAAGCUGCCUUUACAGUGCCUCCCCAUUGUGUAGCACACAAGAAUAAAAUAUUGAGUGGAAGGAUACGAGAAAGAAGAAAUUUAUUUUUUGUCACUGUCACUAACAGCUUUACAUUUUUGUGAGGAAACAGUGAAUUGAAUGCUUGGAAGAGGAAACAGAAAAAAUGGAGUAGAGGCCGAAAGAAAUUUGAGGUCACCAUGGAAACAACCUCUUGGGAACUGGCAGCUGUGAUGCAUUUGCUGCUGUAUAUGUAGACAACCGUUCAUCCCGUGACUGAGGCUGUGGACAGACAACUUUCAACUGCUUUAAAAGGGAAGGAGGAUUUGCUGCUAAGGGACACACACCAGCUGUUAUGAUGCAAUUGUUAUAUCUGCAUGCUCCUUUAGGUUGCAUCCCCAUGAGCGCGCACGUGUGUUUUGUGGCACUCAAUCCCGGUGUCAAAAAAAAAAGCUGCUAAAAAAAAAAAAAAAAAGUGGUGCAGCACACAUGGCAGCAGUGUGCGCCACCCGAAACUGCAUGAUCGGACUGCCAGCCAGGCUCCAAGCGACCAGCUCAGAGCCACUGCUGCCCUAGGAGGCCCCCAGGACUCCAGCUAAGGCUGCUGGGGCCAACACAAGUGCUGGACCCAGCCUCCCCUGCCCCACCCGGGCCCCUUUGCUAUGCACCACAGCAUGCGUGCAGGGGCAUGUAUGGGGACAAAUAGCAGGAGCAUAAAUAUGUGCCACCGCUAUUUGUCCUGCAGGAAAUGCAUGCUCCUACAUGUGUGCGCCCUUAGGGGGUAUAUAUGAAGCAAAACUUUGUAACUUUAACUCUGUUUUAUUCAGAGACUAUGCUGUAGCACGUUAGCUCGCUUACACAGCUAUGGGAGUGUGUAAAUGUAACUACAGAACAACAGCUAAUAUGUGCUUCUGAGCAGCAAAUCCUAUAGUUUACCCCAGUAUUGUUUGUUCCUGGUGUAACAGGGUUUGGACAGACAAUAGUCAUUGACUUAUUUGUUUCAUUCAUUCAUUUCACAAAUAGACGGCUCAUCUACAAAAGAGAAGAAGGCUUCCUGUCGAAAGGACGCAGGUGCAGCUGGGGGUUCUAUCAGAAUGAGGAUGGCGUGAAUUGUGUACAACUAAAAUAAACUGAGGUGUUGUG